AUGUCGUGGGCGUUAGCUAUCAUCGCAGUAGUUCCUUAUACUAUUCCGAAUCUGACCGCCUGUCUCGACGAACCAUCAUUUUUCUCGUGUGAGAACACCACGGUCGUCCGGAACGCUUGUUGCUCUCCAUCACCGGGAGGACUCGUGCUUCAGACACAGUUUUGGGAUACAUGGACAGGCCUUGAGCACAAGGGACAACUCCUUCCUCGAGGUUCAUGGGGAAUUCACGGGCUAUGGCCUGACAACUGUGACGGAUCGUUCGAGCAAUACUGUGAUUUCUCCCGGCAGUUCGAUCCCCAACCUUCCCCGGCAAUCUUGCCAAACGGUACUGUGAUCCCUCCAUGGAAUGGCACUACCAUAGAUACAUUCAUCAAGGAUUUUGGACGGUUCGACCUUUUGGAAUACAUGAACAAAUUUUGGAUCAACCAAGGCGCUCCCAACACCGAUUUCUGGGCUCACGAGUUCUCCAAGCACGCAACUUGCACCUCGACUUUUGAUGUCUCCUGCUUCGAGCCCGGUUACAAAAAACACGAAGACGUUAUCAAUUUCUUCGAUGCCGUUAUAAGAGCUUUCAAGAUGUUCCCUACUUACGACAUACUGGCUUCAGCUGGCAUUGUACCCUCCAACAAGACGGCCUACAGUUUGAGCCAAAUACAGAAUGCUCUGAAAGUUCAGGCCGGCGCUGUCCCUUUUCUUGGUUGCGCUGGAAACGGCACUAUCCUCAACGAGGUUUGGUGGUUUAACCACAUACUCGGUACCGAACAGUAUGGUUUCUUUAAACACAUCGACUCGGUGACGCCAAGUACAUGUUCUUCGACAAAGCCUAUCCGCUACUUUGAGCGUUCGCCGGGAUCCGAGCGUGAAGUGCAUUGA